AUGUUACAAACAGAAAGUAUAGAAAAUGCACUGCAAUCUAAUGCUUGGCCUUUUAUAGAAGCAAAAAAAGUCUUAGACAGAGUUGGUCAUACUACCCCCGCUAAAGGGUAUGUACUAUUUGCAACAGGUUAUGGACCAUCAGGUUUACCCCAUAUUGGUACCUUUGCAGAAGUUGCGCGCUCUAUAAUGGUGCAGCAAGCUUUUAAACAAUUAUCAAAUAUCCCGUCUAAGCUUCUGUGCUUUUCUGACGAUAUGGAUGGUUUACGCAAAGUGCCAAGCAAUCUACCUAAUCCCGAAAUGUUAGCAUCACAUCUUGGUAAACCUUUGACAUCUAUUCCAGAUCCUUUUGGGGAAACUAUAAGUUAUGGAGAGUAUAUGAAUUCUAAAUUACGCUCCUUCCUAGAUAAAUUUGGUUUUGAAUAUGAAUUUUUCAGCAGUACACAGUGCUAUAAGUCUGGGAUGUUUGACUAUAUGAUGCUUAAAGUCAUUGAAAAAUAUGAUGAAAUUAUGGCUUUAAUGCUUCCAAGCUUUAGGACCGAGAGAAGAUCUACUUAUUCUCCUUUCAUGCCUAUUUGUCCAAAAACAGGCAUUGUACUGCAAGUACCUAUUAUUAAAACUGAUCUUAAAAACGGCACAAUAACAUACAAAGAUGAACUAAAUAACUUAUUAGAAGUGCCAGUAACUAAGGGACAUUGUAAGCUCCAAUGGAAACCUGAUUUCGGCAUGCGUUGGGCAGCUCUGCAGGUUGAUUAUGAAAUGUAUGGUAAAGACCAUAUGCCUAACUCAAGAUUAUAUUCGGAAAUUUGCCGAAUUUUAGGGGGCACUGAACCUGUGCAAUUUUUUUAUGAAUUAUUCCUUAAUGAACAGGGUGAAAAAAUUUCUAAAUCUAGAGGUAAUAGUAUCACAGUUGAGCAAUGGUUACAAUAUGCUCCUGUAGAAAGUAUGUCCUUGUUUAUGUAUCAUAAUCCUACACGAGCCAAACGUUUACAUUUUGAUGUUAUUCCUAAAAAUGUUGAUGAAUAUAUUAUUUUCAAUAAAAAAUAUCAUACAGAAACUGAUCCAGUAAAACGUUAUAGUAACACGGUGCAUCAUAUUCAUCAUGGUAAAGUUCCUAUUAUUGAAACUUUUGGUAUUAGCUUUAGUCUACUGUUGAAUCUUGCUUCCGCAUGUAACCCGGAAGAUAAAUCAGUCCUAUGGGGAUUCAUUAAUAAAUAUGCCCCAGAAGUCACUCAAGAGAAUUCUCCUUACCUCGAUCAUUUAAUAGAUUUUGCAAUUCGCUAUUAUAAUGACUUUAUUAAGGCAAAUAAAAUAUAUGUGACCCCUAACAGCAAACAAAAUAUUAUCUUACAACAAUUAAUAGCUAUGUUAUCUAUACUACCUGUGGACAGUUCGGCUGAGCAGAUACAAGAAAAGAUUUAUGAUAUUGGUAAUAAUCAUGGCUAUCAAAACUUAAGAGAAUAUUUUCAGGAAUUAUAUCAAAUAUUGUUAGGUCAAACUGAAGGACCACGUCUCGGUACUUUUGUAAAACUUUUUGGUAUCCAAGAAACGAUCAAUUUAAUCAAGCAAACCCUACCAGUUUCCUCUCUAUAA